AUAAUAAUUUUAACUAAAAAGUUGAUAUAAAUUUUUUAUAAAUUUUUAGAAAUGAAGAAAUAGCUAUACAUAAUAUAAAUCUUUUACCGAUUAAUAUACUGAAACGUUAAUUGCAACAUAUUUAGUGUAAAGAUAUCUAAAAUAAUUACGCAAUGUUUAUUGCUCAUAACCUUGAUAACUUGAUACACGUGAAAUGUGGAGCGUUUAAAUUUGAUUUCUCUUCUUCGUUUAUUACGACGUGAAAUAUCAAUAAUAAAGUGUGAAGGUGAAUGAAGUGGCAAAUAUUACUUUAAAUAAUAUGAAUUCCCCAACGCUGCUUAGGACGCUCCGGUAUACCUCGACAUUUCGAUUUUUAUCUACAAAACCGGCGUUCACGUGCGACAGAUACAAAGUGAAAAGAGGCCCGUACGCGAACAUUUCCAAUGAUCACGUGGCAUUCUUCAAUGAGUUGCUCGGACGAAACAGGGUCAUCACGGAUGCAGAAGAAUGCGAAGGAUACAACAUAGAUUACUCAAAGAUCGUCAGAGGAAAGAGCACACUCGUAUUGAAACCAAAAACUACCGACGAAGUAUCUGCCAUAUUAAAGUUUUGCAACGACAAUCGGUUAGCUGUGUGCCCCCAGAGCGGAAAUACGGGCCUAGUAGGUGGUAGCGUGCCGGUCUUCGACGAGAUUGUUAUUUCCAUGAAGCUUAUGAAUAAAAUCAUCGAGACGAACGAAUUGGCAGGGGUGCUGACCUGUGAAGCCGGUUGCGUGCUAGAAGAUUUGGACAAUCAUUUAGCGACAGUAGGAUUAAUGAUGCCGAUUGAUCUCGGUGCCAAGGGUAGUUGUCUGAUUGGCGGCUGCGUGUCCACGAACGCAGGAGGUUUGAGGCUUCUUCGUUAUGGUAAUCUUCAUGGAAACAUUCUGGGUCUCGAAGCCGUGAAGGCGAACGGGGACGUGGUAGAUUGUUUGAAUACGCUGAAGAAGAACAACACUGGUUACCAUUUGAAGCAUCUUUUUAUAGGGUCGGAGGGAACCUUGGGAAUUGUAACGAAAGUCGCGAUUCAAUGUCCACCGCUUCCUGCGGCCAUCAAUGUCGCGUUCUUAGGGCUAAACAGUUUCGACAAAGUGUUGAAAGCGUUUCGUCUGGCGAAAAAGGAAUUGGGAGAGAUUCUGUCAUCGUUCGAGAUGAUGGACAAGUUGUCGUUAGACGUUUCCAUUGAGGCUUUUGGCCAGAAAAGUCCAUUGACGUCGAAAGCCGACGGUCACGAAUUUUACGUGUUGAUGGAAACUUCGGGUAGCAACGCGAGUCACGAUGAGGAGAAGCUCGCCUCAUUCGUAGAGAAAGCGCUUGCCGACGAUAUCAUCGAAGACGGUACUCUGACUUCGGACCCCACCAAAGUCAAAAAUAUAUGGGCACUAAGGGAACGGAUUAGCGAAGGAAUAUUACGAGAAGGUUAUGUCUUUAAAUACGAUAUUUCUAUACCCCUUCCGUCUUUCUAUAAGGUGAUAGAGGUACUUAGGGAACGAUUACGUGAUCCACGCAUCAUAAGAAUCAGUGGAUAUGGACACCUAGGUGAUGGAAAUAUUCACGUCCAGAUUUCAAUAUUGUCGUACGAAUCUGACAUAGCAGCACAACUACAACCUUUUAUUUUCGAAUACGUGUCUGGUCUUCGUGGUAGCGUAAGUGCUGAACAUGGAAUAGGAUUCACAAAGACAAAAUAUCUACAUAUGAGUAGAACUUCUUCUGAAAUCAAACUUAUGCACGAAUUGAAACAGAUGAUGGAUCCAAAUGGAAUACUCAAUCCGUAUAAAGUGUUAUAUCCAUUAGAAAUUUCCGUAUAAUAAUAGGAUAAGUAAUAUUAUACGUUGUCAUAAAAAAUAAAAUAUUACAAUAUACUUAAAUCGUCAUCUAACGUAUUCAGAAGAUAUAAUUUGCAUAAAAAGUAAAAAUAUAAGUAUGCAUGGAUUGGAAAAUAUAUAGAAAAACAUAAUGUAAGACGAUGUAUUUUGAAUUGCGUGAAGAAAAUAGAAAAUGCCCGAACAAACGAGAAGCCGCCUAGUGCUAAGAAUAAGCGUUGAUUGGUUACGAUAUGAUUGCUAGUAAAUUCGAGUAGGGACUUAGACGCAAGAAAAUUCGAAACGGUUUGCGUCUGCGCAUGCACAGUUCGAAAAAUCUCGAAAAGCGCGCCACA